AGACAAGCCUCGGCGUUCAAGUUUAUUUUGGUGCUUGUAAUAUGCUUUAUCCAAUUUGUAAUCUGUUCCCAAUAGUCAAGGAUUGGCGGGCAGCUCCACCAAAUGUGUAAGAAGGAUCCCGUCUCCCUGCCGCAUCGCCAGCAGCUAUGAAAGAACUACAUAAAACAGUACCAAACUCUUAUCAUCGCUAUUCUUUCCACUGUCUGUCAUCCCUUACGAAGAAAGCAGUUGAAAAGGAUACAGUAGGUAAUGAAAAAACAAAAGGGCAAUAUUUCAUGAACAAUGAUGAACCCUUUGUAAAAAUACACUCGAUCGUUGGGAGCAGACACACCAGACAGUUUUCCAAGGAUUUGUUCAGCACAAAAAAUUCACCCAUUCGUGCCAUUCCAAAGGAUUCCCAUUCCUCGAACUCCUUGGAUAUCACUUUUCUCCACGACUUGUUACUAAAAGACCUAAAAGGGUGAAGUUUCUACUAAAAUGAACGCCAUCCAAAAACUAAGAGAGGAGUUAAAUACCUGGGACAAGAAAAUAUCAACUCUUGUGAAUGGGAAACGGAGACUAGAAAAAGUUGUGUCCCGAUACCCAAAACUGAAGCGGUGCAGCAGAUAUCACAUUGAAGGGGAGAUGUUGUAUGAUAGACAACGCUUGCUUGAGCUGAGGAAGAAGACAGAGAGGCUGGAACCCUAUCAGCACCUCUUCUAUUAUCUCCAGACCCAACCCAAGUACCUGUCUGAGCUAUUCUGUCAGAUAUCAGAACAUGAAUAUACGAGUCUUGCAGGAAGACUUCUCCACAGCUUGUAUAAUCAUGCCAUAACUCCACGAGAAGAAUAUCAUCUAAUGAAAUUUUUGGAAAAUGCUAUUCAUUACGAGGUUGACAAAAAAUGUACUAAUAUCAUGGAUAUAUUACAAGACAAAUGCCUGGUUAUUAGGGCUGCCUUCAGCUUUUACAAUCAGGCUGCAAAAUGCAACCAGAAGCUCAAUUCAGUGAUAAAGGACAUAGUUCAUUUACAUUACAAAGUUCUGGGAAAACGUCUGAACGUACCCUACAUGGCAGGCCGAGUCUUACAUGCAAUAUUCUCAGAUGUGCAGGCUCUACCUUAUGGAAUUAGGUAUGUGGCAAAAGUCCUAAGACAAGUUCUGCACAGAAAGUUCCACAAGGCAACUAAAGAUGAAGUCCUUGACACUCUUUGCAUUUUGAUCUACAAGUAUUACCUGCCAGCCAUAGUAUAUCCAGAUCGCUUUGGCAUAAUUGACGCUCAACUGGAAAGAAUGUCAAAGCAAAGAGAGAACCUCAUAGUCAUGGCUGCGCUUACCGGCAUAACCAUGAGGGACAGUCUCUUCCCCACAGGCAAUGCUAAUGGUGCAAUCAAAGAUGACUAUAUAGUAAAACACUACCCGCAUCUUAAGAGCAUGCUUGAGGAUGUUUUUAAAAUUCCAGAACCAGAGAAGAAAUUUGGCUUCGAUGAAUAUUCUGACAUGAUUUCUGUAAAGAAGCCAGUGAUAGAUAUCCAUGCAAUGGACAUUGUAAGCACACAUGAGCUGCUUUCAAAAUAUGAAAAAGUGGUCUUCCCAGACCAAUCAGACACUCUUUAUAACAUUUUCAAGGCUCUUGGACCAGCUCCUUACGUUAGAGAGCUUCUUUUUGGUGAGGCUGAAGCUGCUGCUAACAGAGGUAAGAAUGUGGUGGAAAUUGAAGUUUGCCUCUCCUUAGACAGCAAAUAUAUUCCACAUAAAGAGAAAGGCUCAGACGCUUCACAGGAUGCUGGGAUUUCAAAAGUAAUAGACUUCCAAGAUAUCCUGAACAAUAUUGCCAAGGAUAUCACCACGAAAAAUAAACUUCAACUGCAGCAACAAGCUGAAAUAAGGAAGCUCAGACAGGCAGCGGAUGCCCUCAAAGCUAGCUAUAAAUAUUACCAGGACCAGGUAGACCAGUAUCAAAGCUUCUGGAACAGUUUCCUUGAAAACUUAGUAAGCCAAAAGUCAUUCAAUACUGAUAUGACCAAGAAGGAAAAAGGGAACAAAGAGAUGCAAAAGGAGACAGAGAAGCAAGAUGACUUUAAGAUAUUGGGGCUGAAGGAGGAGAAGAAGCAAACUAGGGAGGAGACGAGGACCUGGCUUCAUAAAUUGGUCAGCCCAAAGUCACCCACUAGUAAAAUAUACUGCAGCAAAACUGCAGAACAAAGGUAUCAUUGUUGACAUCAUAGGUAAGGAGACCAAGAAGCUGAAGAAAGAAAACCUUACAAUAGAAUUUGAAGAUAACCAUCAAAUUAAAAUCAGCGUCGGUGAAAAGUUUCUUCUCCUUCACAUUGCUGACAUCCUAAAACACCAUUAUAGCAAAGUACCAAGCAUGGUGUUAUUCUGCUAUCGUAUUGAUGUUAGCAUGUUGUUAUUUCUGGUGUACAGCAAGCUUUAUGUCAGAACAAAUGAGAUGUAACCCACUGUAACAAAAAUAACACUGUAGGUUGUCGAUCCGGGGAGCAGUACGUUUUUCUACGAAACGGACGUAGGGCGGAGCGGCGCGCUGUCGUCACCCAAACAAGCUCCAAACGUUCCCCAGCGGACGGGUGUCUAUGAAUUUGUGUUCCGGCCGGCACAUCAGAUUCAAGGCGAUCUUUUUACUGCAUUUCUGUAAGUGCAUUACUUUUUAAAAAUAA